CGAAAACGAAGACAGUGAAGAGAUCGCAUUAAAGUUGUAAAAUAGAACCUCGGUAUGGCGGUCUUAUAUGGUAUCUACACUGGCCUUAACCCUAUAGCGGUGAGGACGGGAAGACGGUGUUUAUCGAGUGACAGUAUCAUUAUUGUCAUACACAUACAUAUUCUGGCAGAUAGCAAGAGGCAGUGGUAGGAGUGCCGGGAUUUGGUGGAGCUUUGAAAUUGCAGAACUUCUACUCUGACAUGUCCUUGGUCAGGGAAUCCAUAUCCACCUUGGUUAAGGGCUUUCUUCUUUGUGCUUUCGCCUGUUGGAUGCGUCACCAACGGGGCAAACCCCUGGCACCCUGGCAGAGCUCAUUUCUGAAUCCAGAGCUUUCCUUCCCCGGACAAUUUCACUAGACUAAUCUUUAACAGCUAUGAUGAAGAGUCCGAAACGUGGUUGACCAGUGGUUAGCCUGUGACAUGAAGUUAAGAGUGCUUGGCAACUGAUGCAAAUUGAUGCUG